CCUAUUUGGAAUCAAAUAUCUCAGGCCAAAAUCAGUGAAGAUCAUCUUCAUCUCAUUCAAGUUCUAAUGGCUCUUCGAUCAGAAUAUGAGGCCGUUCGAGUGUCCCUGCUACAUCGAAAUCCACUCCCAUCAUUGGAAACUGCUAUUCAAGAGAUUAUUUUUGAAGAGACUCGUCUCGCUUUGGAUAAAACUCCUCAAUUUGAAGCUGCUCUUGCAACUACUCGAUCCUCACAUCAGAAAUCUGGCAAUCAACUCUGUAAGAAUUGUAAUCAAAUUGGUCAUGCUUUUGCAUAUUGUCCUACUAUAAAAUGCAAAUAUUGUCAUGGUUACGGUCAUAUUCUUGAACAUUGUCCCACACGUCCUCCAAGACCAAAAGGAGGGCAGUCUAAAUUCAAGAAUGUCUCAAAGCCUGGAUCUUCCUCUGUCACUACUGUUGCUGCUACUGAGGGCUCUACUGCCAUCACCAUGAGUGAUCUUGAGGCACUAUUCAAACAGGUACAGGAUCCACAAACGGGACAGAUUCUUGGGGAGGGUCGCAGAGUGGGUCGAUUAUUUGAGCUUACAUCUUUACAUCUUCCUCGGAGAUUUGUGUCUGCAGCUACAAUCCCUAAGUCCUCCAUUCACUAA